AUGGAGGAAGUAUCUGAUUUUUAUGAAAUAGAAGGGAUCACGUCUGAAGCCGAACUUUGGCGCACGUUUUGGAUAAAUAAGCAGCAGCAGGAUUUUGAAAAUAUUGAAAUAGCAGAGUUAAUACAAGAAGCAGAUUCUUUCUACCCGAAGGUCAAGAUAGCUUUAGAAAUUUUGCUGGCAAUGCCGUAUUCCACUGCUACGAUUCAAAGGUCGUUCAGUACACUUAGACGUGUAAAAACGUGGCUAAGAUCGACUAUGACAGAAGAUAGAUUGAAUGGGCUUUGUAUGCUCAGUGUGCACAGAGAAUUUGUUAAAAGUAUGAGUGAUUCUUUCACGGAAGGCAUCCUAAAUCGUUUUGCUGAAGACCCUCGAAAAUUACUUUUAAAAUAG